GAUAAUGGUGAUUGAUGAAAAAGGCUCGAACUUGAUUAUAUAUUGUGAAAUUUCUCUUGCAUUUACAUGGCAUUAUGUAAGAAAAGUUCAAUGAUCAAGUCAAUUUUUUAGUCGAGUCCUGCAAAGUAAACCAUUCCUGACUUCUUGUGCUGUUUGAUCAUGCAAAAGCAAGACUGACAUCAUAAUCAUACGAAACUCAUUAGUCAGCAUUCGUAAUCAAACCACCAAGAGUCCUUCAUCUCUCUUCCUAUAAAUUAUAUCACCUUCGGCAUUCCCUUGAUAUCCCACAUCACAAACAAAUUAAAGCCAGUUAGCCACAAUGGAAAACACAGAGGAAACAUCACUACAUGUAGCCAUAGUGCCUACCCCUGGCAUGGGUCAUCUAAUCCCACUCCUUGAAUUCGCCAAGGUACUGGUUCACCGGUACCCAAACUUUGAAGUAACCUUCAUUGUCCCCAACGUUGGCUCACCUAUGAAACACCAAAGACAACUCCUUCAAGCUUUACCCAAAUCAAUUUCAUCCAUUUCGCUCCCUCCUGUGAGUUUUGAAGAUUUGCCUGAGGAUGUCAAGAUGGAGACCAGGAUCGCACUCUGCUUGGUUCGGUCACUUCCUGCUCUAAAAACCUCGCUCAAAGUCUUAGUUGAGUCAACUCGACUUGUGGCCUUGGUUGUUGACCUGUUUGGCAUCGACGCAAUUGAUGUGUUUAAAGAAUUUGACCUUAAGCCCUACAUUUUCUUUCCUACAACUGCUAUGAAUUUACAAAUGGCGUUUAAUUUACCCAAGCUUGAUCACAUGUUUUCUUGUGAGUACAGAGAUUUGCCUGAACCGAUCAAGUUACCAGGGUGCGUGCCGUUUCACGGGAGAGAUAUGGUAGACGCUGUUCAAGACAAGAACAACGUGGCCUACCAAGUGAUGAUUCAGCUAUGCAGACUUUACCCAUUGGCAGCUGGGAUUAUGGUUAAUAGCUUUAUGGACUUGGAAGAGGAAGCCUUUAAGGCUUUGAUGGAGGGCGAACUUGGUCUACCAGCGGUUUACCCGGUUGGACCACUAAUACAAGCAAGUUCAAUUAGUUCAAACAAUGGAGUUGAUGGGUCUAAUUGUUUAAGGUGGUUAGAUGAGCAGCCUAAUGGAUCAGUGAUUUAUGUCUGUUUUGGAAGCGGUGGGACUUUCUCUCUUGAGCAGCUAAAUGAAUUGGCACUUGGGCUGGAAAUGAGUGGACAAAGAUUUCUGUGGGUUGUCAAGAGUCCGGCUGAAAAGGCAAGAAACGCCACUUACUUUGGUGUAGAAAGUGUCGAAGACCCCCUCGAUUUUUUGCCGGAUGGGUUCUUGGAAAGGACCAAAGGGGUUGGCCUGCUGGUGCCGUCUUGGGCUCCUCAGAUUGAGGUCUUGAGACAUGGCUCAACCGGAGGGUUCUUAACCCAUUGUGGGUGGAAUUCAACCUUGGAGGCCAUUGCGCACGGCGUGCCAUUAAUUGCAUGGCCGCUCUAUGCAGAACAAAAGAUGAAUGCAGUGCUUUUAGCAGAUGAUUUGAAGGUUGCAUGGAGGGUAAAAGAGAAUGAAAAUAGGGUGGUUGGGCGAGAAGACAUUGCAAAUUUUGUUAAAGGACUGAUUGAGGGGGAAGAAGGGAAAGUGCUCAGAAACAAGAUGAGACAACUAAAGGAUGCCGCCGAAAGGGUUCUGAGCCCAGAUGGCUCAUCCACAAAAUCACUGGCCAAGGUAGCAGAAAUAUGGAAGAAUCAGGCAUAAUAGAACAGCCCUACGAUUGUAGGGCGGUGUCAGCUUGUCAGUUCUGGAGAAAUGAUUUGUAGUACAUUUGACGUGGCUUGUCAGUUCUGCAGCAAAAAUUAGUAGUACAUUUGAUAUGUGGUGAUGGCUGAUUAGCCUUUUGCAACCUUUUUUGUAUUAAUAUUAAAUUGAUUGGUCCCUCCGUGGAAAUGUGAUGUAUUGCCCCAUUUUUCUUGCUUCUUUUUUAACCACACAAGUAAACCGAUAAGUUUUUUGUUAGGCCCAUAAGCAUAUAACGAGAAAUCAACGACUUCAUAUAGCUUUUGUCUUUUCAUUAAACUGAUUGGUCCCUCCGUGGAAAUGUGAUGUAUUGCCCCAUUUUUCUUGCUUCUUUUUUAACCACACAAGUAAACCGAUAAGUUUUUUUUAAGCCCAUAAGCAUAUAACGAGAAAUCAACUACUUCAUAUAGCUUUUGUCUUUUCAUUAAACUGAUUGGUCCCUCCGUGGAAAUGUGAUGUACUGGCCCAUUUUUCUUGCUUCUUUUUUAACCACACAAGUAAACCGAUAAGUUUUUUGUUAGGCCCGUAAGCAUAUAACGAGAAAUCAA